AUGGCGUCCAGAAUCGCUACCCGUGCUUUCUCCACCACCGCUCGCCGGCUGCAAAGCGAGCACGUCCUGAAGCAGGAGACCAAGCGAAACCCCGAGCUUAUGAUCCUCGGCGCCGUCAUGGUCGCUGCUUUCGGUGGCGCUGGACUCUACUUUGGACGCACACCUACCUCCUCCACCUCCGAGCAGAAGGUGCCCCACGCCGGCAACCCCUGGGAGACCGGCGGCACGGGCAAGUACCAGUACUACCCGGGCGGUGACAGGUCCGCCGAGCCCAAGGACGCGCCCAGCGCCAUCAACACCGUUGUCGUGCCCGACGUCAACCUGCCAAAGGAGCUGCACGAGAAGUACAACAAGUGGGGCAAGGACGGUUACUAG